AUGUGGGUUCUUAAAUCUUCUGGCAAGGAGUUGGCUAUCAUCAACGGUUUCACCUUCUACCUCCACAAGAGACUGGUGAAGACGGAUGUAUACAGUUGUACACACGGAUCUCCUUGCACAGCACGAGUCAGCUUCACUAAUGAUCACUAUAGAACAUUGGUUAAAUUACUAACGCUCGCCAAAUCACGUUACACGGGCAAACAGAUCGUGAUACUCGAUAACUAUACGUAUUAUUGCAAAAAGCUGUGCAAAAAGACAAACUGCUCACACUGGUACUGUUCAACGAACAAUUGGAAAGGAUGCAAUGCCAAGUUAAAGCUUGACGAGAAUUUCGGCAUCAUUGAAAUGUCGAAACAGCAUACCCAUCCACCGGCCAGAUACCGCAUACACAACGGACUGUAUUAUUUCCAAUUGCUGCCGUUACCUAGCGGUAGAUGCUUGCUACGUAUUGGCGAUGAUACAUAUUCUACUAAUAGUAAGAAUAUAAACGGUUUCACGACCUGGUACUGCUCAAAACGACUGAGCAAACGAUGUCCGGUUAAAUGGAGUUUCUGCCAACAAAACAAGGCAAUUACAAGUUGCUUUACAACGGGCAUACCUUUUGGUGUGAUAGAUUCACACUGUUUCAAGGCAAGCCAUGUAGAUGGUACUGUUCUAAGAAGAAGAGUAGAAGGUGUCCAGCUAUCGUCAGAACCUUGGACUCCCACUGAAAUCGUAAUUGGCAGUAAGGGCAAGGAGCAACUUCUAUACAACGGCUAUAAAUACUAUAACCGUGGCUACGUCGGUGCAUAUUUCUUCAUGGCCUCAAACGGGCGGACGCAAAUGAUUUACAAAGAUAUGAAGUUCUACCAGCAGCCGGAGGGUCAGGAUAGGAUAAGGUGGAGAUGCACUAAAAGAGGAUGCAGAGCAUUUUAUUUUACUAUUGCAGGCAUCAUAGUGAGGUCGCAAGAAAGACACAAUCACGAAGACCCUAAGAAUCAAACCGAAAAGAAAGCUUUCAAAAACAAUAUACGCUGA